AGAAAUAUCUAGAUUUUACUAAGAACAUCGACUUAAUACAACAAAAAGGGGCACAGACGCGUUCCUUCUGAUCCUGGCGACUGCAGUUAGUCCGCCACAAGGCAGGAACCGGAAGUAGUACCAUCCACUAAUAUUGUAGCUAAAAACUCAAGCCAGCACUUUGUUACCGGUCCAGCUCCAUCGUUGUGGUUUUCGUAAGCACUUACGGGAGUUGAUAUAGUGUUGUUUGCCAACACUAUAGCUUUCCUCUGAAUGGCCCACGCUACUAAACGUAGAGGACAUCAGAAACAGAUAAGCCUUCUUCCGCUUCGCAACCCAUCCAUGCCGCAGAAAAAACAAAGAUCGCUGUAAGAUUCCGCUCCAACAAUGUUCCGGACAGCAUUUCACAGCAUCUUUCCACGGCAGUUCAAUGUGCUAUCUAAAUCUGCUUAUUGGGGAAUUACUCUGACGCGCAGCCUGCCCAGCACGGCUGCAGGAGCUCUGCAGUUCUGGCGCCGCUUGGGCUUGCAAGCCUUUAAUCUCGGCAAUAACCUGAAGAUGAGCUGCGUCACAGCCACGGGUGCCAAGCAGCAGAGAAGCCAGAGUCGCCUACGACCAGCCCCGCCUUUGCAGGCACUGCCCCUAUUGCCGGCGCCGCCGAAGGCCCGCUGGCCCCGCGCCCCUGCCCCGCCUUUCCUUGGCCUCAGCUCCUCCUCCCCGCGCUAGCACCUUUGGUGCCUGUGGCAGCCCCAGUAGCCGGCCUGCUCGCUCAGCGGCUCCGCAGCCCACGAUGAGGCUUUCCGUGCUGUGCCGUUUGGUCUGGAGAGUCGCCGCGCCGGCUGCGAAGAAAAGCGGCGGCGCUCAAAAGCUCCUCAGUCCUGGGAAGGGCUGUCCCACACUCUUGCCGCGCCGGGAGAUCUGCAGCACGUGGAGCUGCCUGGCGAAGCAACAGGUGGCCCAAGGUAGCGGGCGGUUGCAGGGCUCCCUGGCCAGAGACGUCAUUGAAAGCUCUAAGAAAGCCCUGAGUUUAUUGCAAAUAGAACAUCCUACUUUUAAGCCAACACUUUCCGUAGUUCAGGUUGGUGAUGAUGAUUUGGGGCAAGAAAUGAGAAACUUUGCUGAAGAGAUUGGACUGAAUAUUGUAUGUAGUUGUCUCCCUUGUGAUUACACCGAAAGUGAGGUUGCUGACGAAAUCAUAAAACUCAAUGAGGAUCAUAAUAUUCAUGGCCUUGUACUUCGUCACUUUACCAAGUCAUAUACCAGCAAACUAGUGAACAUCGUAAAACUAGAGAAAGAUGUGAAUGGAAUAACAGAUGCUAACUUGGGAAGAUUAGUGCACGGAGAUAUGAAUGAAUGUGUCAUUCCCCCCAUUGCUAGUGCAGUGAUUCAGCUUCUGGAAAAACUAGCAAAUACUUCCCUAGAUGGGAAAAAGAUGUUACUCUUGGGAGUUGAAGGACCCUUAGAAGUCUCUUUGCAGAGCCUUCUUCAAAGAAAAGGAGUCAUGACCAUGAGCUGCCCUUGGAAAAUGAAGCAACUUCAGGCUACGCUUCAUGAUGCUGACUUGGUGAUUGUGGGCAGUGCCAAACCCAAAGAGAUUCCAGUUAUGUGGAUGUCUGAAGUGACUGCUGUGAAUUGUUCAUAUGACUUUUUGCAUGGAUGGUAUAGUUAUGAUGAAGAGCCGCUAAAACACAAUGACCAGACCCCUGGUGAAGUUGUAGAUCAACUGGCAAUGGCAAUAUGCCUGCAGAAUCUGGUCAAAUUAAGUGAGAGAUGGAUACAGGCCCAACAGUGUAAGAAAUGGAAUCUCCGUUGCUUGAAACUGCAACCCUGCUCACCUGUUCCCAGUGAUAUUGAAAUUUCCCGAGGACAGAGCCCAAAAGCUGUUGAUGUCCUAGCCAAAGAGAUAGGAUUGCUCACAAAUGAAAUUGAAAUCUAUGGCCAAACCAAAGCCAAAGUACGUCUGUCCCUGCUGGAAAGGUUAAAGGAUCAGCCAGAUGGGAACUAUGUGCUAGUUGCAGGGAUUACACCAACUCCUCUUGGAGAAGGGAAAAGCACUGUGACCAUUGGUCUGGUUCAAGCUCUUACAGCCCACCUUAAAGUAAAUUCUUUUGCCUGCUUGAGGCAACCUUCACAGGGACCUACCUUUGGUGUUAAAGGUGGUGCAGCAGGGGGUGGAUAUGCUCAGGUUAUACCAAUGGAAGAGUUCAACCUUCACUUAACAGGAGAUAUCCAUGCCAUUACUGCAGCAAAUAAUUUGCUGGCUGCUGCUAUUGAUGCUAGGAUUUUGCAUGAAAACACACAGUCUGAUAAGGCCUUGUAUAAUAGAUUAGUUCCAUUAGUUCAUGGAAUGAGGAAAUUUUCAGCUAUACAGCUUGCACGCAUGAAACGGCUGGGAAUAAAUAACAUGGAUCCUGACACUUUAACAGCAGAGGAGAUUCACAAAUUUGUGCGACUUGACAUAGACCCUUCUACAAUAACAUGGCAAAGAGUGUUGGAUACAAAUGACAGAUUUCUUAGGAAAAUAACAAUUGGGCAAGCCAGUACAGAGAAGGGCUUUUCCCGUCAAGCUCAAUUUGAUAUUGCUGUUGCAAGUGAAAUCAUGGCAAUCUUAGCACUGACCACCAGUCUGUCAGAUAUGAAAAGGAGAUUGGGGAAGAUUGUAGUUGCUAACAACAAAAAUGGGCAGCCAGUGACAGCUGAGGAUUUGGGAGUAACUGGUGCUUUGUCAGUUUUGAUGAAGGAUGCAAUUAAACCAACAUUGAUGCAGACAUUAGAGGGUACUCCAGUUUUUGUGCAUGCUGGACCCUUUGCAAAUAUUGCUCAUGGGAAUUCUUCAGUUUUGGCAGACAAAAUCGCUCUUAAAUUGGUGGGCAAAGAUGGAUUUGUAGUGACCGAAGCUGGUUUUGGUGCUGAUAUCGGGAUGGAGAAAUUCUUCAACAUCAAAUGCAGAGCUUCUGGCUUGGUUCCCAGUGCGGUUGUGCUUGUUGCUACAGUGAGAGCAUUGAAGAUGCAUGGAGGUGGGCCAAAUGUAACAGCAGGUGCCCCACUUAAGAGGGAAUACACAGAAGAGAACCUCAAGUUGGUAUCUGAUGGCUGCUGUAAUUUGCAAAAACAAAUUGAAAUUGCACAACUCUUUGGUGUUCCUGUUGUGGUUGCUUUAAAUGUUUUCAGGACGGACUCUCCAGCGGAAAUUGAUUUGGUCUGUGAGAUUGCCAAGCAGUCUGGAGCCUCUGAUGCUGUGCCUUGCAAUCAUUGGUCUGAUGGAGGGAGAGGAGCUGUGGAAUUAGCUCAGGCCGUAAGAAGAGCUGCUAAUAAGCAGAAUACAUUCAGAUAUCUGUAUGACCUGGAGCUUCCCAUUGUUGAAAAGAUAAGGAUCAUAGCGCAAAAUGUCUAUGGAGCUCAAGAUAUAGAGCUGUCUCCAGCAGCACAGUCUCAAAUAGAUCGUUACAGCCAACAGGGAUUUGGAAAUCUGCCAGUCUGUAUGGCAAAAACUCACCUCUCUCUCACACACAUGCCUGAAAGGAAAGGCGUUCCAACAGGUUUCAUUCUGCCUAUUAGUGAUGUGAGGGCCAGCAUCGGGGCUGGUUUUAUUUAUCCUCUAGUUGGGACGAUGAGCACUAUGCCAGGAUUGCCUACAAGGCCCUGCUUCUAUGAUAUCGACCUUGACGCUGAAACAGAGCAAGUCAGAGGGUUGUUUUGAGCCCACUCAAAAUCAGGUAACUGCAUUAUCUCCUUGAAGGCACUGAACUAAAUCAUGCAGAUACUUAUCAACAAUCCAUCCCACAUAAUUACAUAAUAUUAACAAGCAACAUGCCUGGUGCCUGCAAAACACACUGAACUUCAGUGGCUUCAUUAAAAUUUUCAAUGGUUGCAUCUGCGCUCACUUUGUCAGUGCUCAUUUCUUUUGGUUAGAACAAUGUAACGCUUGUGAAGAAAAACAGGGGGGUUCGUUUUCUGUGCUCUUGUUAAGC